CGGCGCGACGUGUUUGCCGGCCAAUUGUCAUUGUGCUCCAGCGACCGAAGAAGACGUUGACAUGUCGAUGCCGCAAGUGACUGCCGUCGACUCGGACCCGAACCGUCUGGUGUCCAGCGAGGAGGAGAUGCUGCGUCUAGCGCCGCUGCCACACGAGCGUGUGGUCUACUGGGGCUCCGGCAGUCCGCAGGCCUGGCGUAUCCUGAUCGCUCUGGAGGAGAAGAAACUGCCGUACCGCAGUGUAUGUGUAAGCUUCUCCAGUGGCGUUCUCAAGACGCCCUUCUUCCGCGCGUUAAACCCGCGAAUGAGGAUCCCAGUGCUCGUAGAACCCAUGGAGCUGCCACCCCGUGAGGAUAAACAGACGGACGAGACGCUGGACCCGAAAAGCAAAGUGGCCGAAGCCGCCAUGGGCAUCUCUCGCCUCAUGACACACACUAUGUCGCAGUACCGUACCGUCGUGUACGAAUCCAGUGCGAUCCUCGAGUAUCUAGAGAAGAAGUACCCCGAGGCGCCGUGUAUGCCUGCGUCGCCAGCUCUGUAUGCAGUGGCACAGUCUCGACUGCACGAAGCCAAUGAGAUCUUGUCCGUUGUGGGCGAUCUGGUCGUGUAUCUGCGUCGAUUCCCGCACGAGAAGCGCAACCCUGCCAUCGUCAAUGCCAAGUGGGCCUCAGUCGAGAACGAAUUGAGUCUGUGGGAGUCGUAUCUCGAUGGCCACCAGUUCCUCGUGGACCCAGAAAUACCGUAUCUGUGCGAUUUCACGCUCUUUACCAAUGUGGCCUACGCUGUGCGAUGUGGGCUGCAGCUUGACGGGCUCUACCCUCGCUUGGCAAUGUUCUACGUGCGUCUGUGUGCACGUGCGUCGAUUGAGACGACCUGGCCGCCACACUGGCGAACAACCUUCGGCUCCAAAGUACUCACCAAGACAUGUUGUUACUGUGGAGGUAGAGCCGACCAGCCCUGUGUGUGCAAACAACGGCCUGCGGCGCCCAGCAUGGUGCCGCCUACUGCAAUGCACACCACUCAACAACCAUCGUGAUACUAUAGGAAAUACUGCGCGAACCUGUGAAACAUGAUGCAAACAAAUACAAAGCAGACUUCCCAUUACUAUGUCGA